AUGUUGGGCCAAGGCACCAACCACCAACAAAGGGGGCCGCCGCGUGCGUGGAGGUUCGGCAGCGGUACCUUGGCCACCGACGGGCAACUUGCGGUCAACGGAAAAAGGGCUUCGGCAGGCCCAGAGAGUUGCUUUCCAUGGCCUUCAAGCAACCAAUACCAGAGUUUUCCAGCCGCCAUACCUCCAACGGCAGCCCUCUAA